UCUCGCUGUGAGCUCACAGAAGAAGAAGAGUGUUGUAUUUUCUUCUCGGCAGUGUUUCGCAGCUCGUGUGUUUGUAAAGUGUUUGUGUGUAAUGCAUCAGUGAUGGUGCUCUUGUCCUCAUCGCAGCAAGUCGUUAUGGCCUUCACCGCGGUGCUGCUGGUGUUUGUGCUGUUCCCGCGUAUGUUCACCGGCAGCGGCGGCGGUAGGGAGGGUCAGUCCUUCGACCCGCGGAUGAACCGAAGAGGACCCGGCCCUGGUCUCCGUCCCGGUGCCGUCAAGAAUCAGCAGCAGUUCCACACGAACGGAGCAUCUCCAAAAUCCCAGAGUGUGGAGAACGUUCAUCAAAUGAAAAAACUGAUGGAGCAAGAGAUGAAGAGUGACAAAUACAAAGCCAACAACAACAAGGGCUACGUCUUCACCCUCAUGCCAAUCUACGCCAUCAGUGUUGGGCUUUUUGCUGCUUAUAAGUUUCUAAAGAUAAAAUCCGCAAAUGACACUGAAGCUCAAAAAGCAAAAACAGCUCGAGGUGUGAAGAAAUCUGAGGAGACAGAGAGUCAGCUGAAUGAACUGGAGCAGAGGUUGGCUCAAACUGAGAAGAUGCUCAACUCCAUACUAACCCAACUGGACCCCCUUACAAACUGUGUGAAGUCGGUUGCCAUGGAGCAGAAAAACGAGAUCAUGUCGCAGCUGCAAUGCAUUCGGCAGCUAAUGAAGAAGAGAGGCAUGGAGUGUCCAAACAUCAGGAUAGAUGAACCGGCGUGUCAGCGCAAUCUGGAUGAUCUUAUAGAGACUCUGAAUGCUGCAGAAUCGUCUGUAGAACCACAAACGCACGCUGAAACACAGUCAUGUGAUCAGACAGCGCUCUCAUCUGACCCAGAGAGGAUUGAAGAAGAGGAGCCUGAACCUGCAGGACAAGAGGAAGAUGUGGCUAAUGAGAGUGACUGUAGUUUGCCUUCCCUUGAGGACUCGGGUGACUUUAGUGUUGAUCCCGUCACCAUUGUUCAGAAAGAUCCAGAUGAUCAGACGGGUGGAUUACGAAGACGCAACAGGCCCGAGUAACUGACAACAUUUGUACAUAAAUCUAUUUAUUUAUUAAAUUAUUUAUCGUCUACAA